UGAAGAAAGCUAAUCGCACAAAACACUCUGAGUACCAUUCACGACAUCAAAAGGAGGGUGUGGUGUAAACUCCCUUUACGUAGAAUGGCCAGGAUGAGUCUUUGCACACUGGAACACAGAACAGGUGUUCUGACAACAGAGAGCUUGCGCACUUGCAUAACAGGAACAGACAACUCUUGCUGUGUUUGACCAAUAAAUAGACCCCGUCCAUCCCAUAUCUUCACUUCUGCUUCCAGACCCGAGAAGAAGAGUAAGAAAAGAAGAUCUCCAGAAGACUGCAGUCUCGCCUUGAUCGUCUUGACAAGAUAAUCAACCAUCAAAAGAUGAAGCUGACUCUGUGUGUGCUUUUCUUCGGCUGCCUCGCGCUUGCCUCAGCCAUCCCUGCGGAGCGCAUUCAAGACCUGAUGUCCAGGGUGGAAGACUUACAAGAUCAACUGGAGAUGGCAAUGGAGAAGCGAGACCAGGAUGACGAAGACAUGCUGGACGAAGACAUGCCAGCCGAUGACGAAGACCUGGACGCUCAGGAAGAAUACCUGCGGGAGCUGCUGAUGGAAACGCGAGGCAUGUUUGAAUACAACAGAUGCGCCUCGAAAUGCAAUAAUCGCCCAGCAUGCCUAAAUGGGUGCAAGAAGCACAAGAAUGGGAAGAAGUAGAGCAGCUGGAGAAUGAGGCAGACGGCCGAAGAUCUUUCCACCAUUGAUUCAUCGAAUUUCGUUACUAAUAUCAGCAAGGGCUUUGGGUGGAGAUGAUCAAUAGAUAACAUUGAAUAAAGUUUGAUGACAAUUCCCAGACGUGUGUGUCACAGAAAGCAUGGGAAUGGCGGUGAAUCAUGGUUUCGAUAUGAAAGGUGAAUAAAACUGGUGACUACUUUAAAAA